CUUCCUUCUCCACGAAAAUAAUUAGUCUAAAGAUUUCUCCUCCAUUCCGUUUCUAUGUCUCUCUCUCUUCUGCUCCUGUACUGCUAAACAAGGACCAAGAAGUCCCUUCAUCUCCUUCUGUUCUUACUCUCUCGUCAUCAAGACGGCGGAAUAGCAUAAAGCCCAUGCAUUGAUGGGCCUUUUCUCCAUUCUCUGUUCUUGCCUUGACAGAAAACGCAAAUCCACUGCUUCCGAUGGCGCCGAUGACGACUUCGAAAUUCAUGACCUCUUCUUCGAUCUCCGUACGCUUCAAGUCGCUACCAAUUUUUUCUCCAACUUGAAUCAGCUUGGUCAUGGUGGAUUCGGUCCCGUUUACAGGCAACUCAAGGAGCAAUACUGGACUCAUAACGUAUACUUUAGUCAUGAGCCUGGGAUUAAUACCAAAUGGUCAAGAAGUUGCUGUGAAGAAGCUUUCAUUAAAUUCAAGACAAGGACUGCGAGAAUUCACUAAUGAGGUGAAACUGUUGCUAAAACUUCAGCACAAGAACUUGGUCACUUUGUUGGGAUGUUGUGUAGAGGGAACUGAGAAGAUGCUUGUUUAUGAGUAUCUGCCAAACAAAAGCCUUGAUUAUUUUCUUUUUGGUAAACAGAAUUCUUCAUCUCUUGAUUGGACAACUCGGUUUAGAAUAGUUACAGGAGUGGCAAGGGGUCUUCUCUACCUGCACGAAGAAGCCCCUGAAAGGAUCAUUCAUAGAGACAUCAAAGCUAGUAAUAUUUUGUUGGAUGAACAUUUGAAUCCAAAGAUUUCUGAUUUUGGCUUGGCAAGGCUUUUUCCCGGUGAAGACACACAUCUGAAUACAUUUAGGAUUUCCGGUACUCAUGGUUACAUGGCCCCCGAAUAUGCAAUGCAUGGAUAUUUGUCUGUGAAGAGUGACGUCUUUAGCUAUGGAGUUUUGGUUUUGGAGAUUGUAAGUGGGAGAAAAAAUCAUGACAGCCAACUUGGUGGUGAAAAGGCAGACAUCUUGAGCUAUACAUGGAGGCUGUAUGAAGGAGGGAAGACAUUGGAUUUAGUUGACCAAAGCCUUGCGAAGUUCAAUCGAGAUGAGGCAGCAAUGUGCAUUCAACUGGGAUUGUUAUGCUGUCAACAAAGCGUGGCAGAUAGGCCUGAUAUGAACUCAGUUCACCUAAUGCUUUUGAGCGACUCAUUUACUUUGCCUAAACCCGGUAAACCUGGAAUUCAAGGCCGUCGAGGACGUUGGACGACUAGUUCAACUUCUGCUUUCACUAAAACUAAUACUAAUACUAAUACCAAUGCUAGCAGUACGAGCACUGGCAUUGCCAAAUCUUCAGCAGGCAAUAGUUUAGUGGAGGAAUAUUCUAGAAAUUCCAUGUCAAUUUCUUCUAUGGGUGAAGGUAGGUAGUCCCCAUUUAUAACUGAAAAGGGUGAUUAGCGGCUUUUUCAUCGUCUUUCUCCCAGGGUGUUGGACAGCCUCAGUUGGUAGCUUUAUAAGCAUUAUGUAAGUAAUUCGUUCUUUAUUUUAUUGAAUUAAAUAUUAUGCUAUGCCAGUGAACAUUUGCCCAGACGAGACGGCAAUCGGUUAAUGUAUUUUAGCACAUUAAGGUGGUUUUAUAUAUAUAUAUAUAUAUUACUUUUUUAUAAUUACA